CCUCACUUCCAGCUCUACCUCUCUCCCAUCUUCUCUUCCUUCCCAACAUCCCUUCCUUAGGGGACCUCUCGUUUUCGAGUGUCCUCGAAAUUAGCGGCUCUCUCCGCAGCAAUGGGACUGCUUCCACUAUAGUUUCAACCAUUUUGGCUGCAAUUGUGUCGUAAACAAAAACACCUAGGCAUACGCGAGGCUCGACCUGCGAGCUUAGUUGUCCCCAUCAUGGCUACCACUUCGCACAUGUUCAUGUACUCUCUGACCAUCCAGCCUCCCACUGCGGUCAGUCAAGCGAUCUUGGGCCAGUUUGCCGGGACCAAGGAGCAGCAGAUCGUCACGGCCUCCGGGUCGAGGCUGACAAUCCACCGUCCCGAUCCCACCCAGGGCAAGGUCACCCCGUUGUACUCCCAGGAUGUCUUCGGCAUUAUUCGUUCCUUGGCUGCGUUCAGGCUGGCGGGUAGUAACAAAGAUUACAUAAUUAUUGGCUCGGACUCGGGGCGAAUCACCAUCAUCGAGUAUGUCCCCUCGCAGAAUCGGUUUAACCGAAUUCACCUGGAGACUUUUGGCAAGUCGGGUGUGCGCCGGGUCAUUCCUGGCCAAUAUCUGGCAGUGGAUCCCAAGGGCAGAGCUUGCCUGAUUGCUUCGAUAGAGAAGAACAAGCUUGUUUAUGUCUUGAAUCGGAACUCGCAGGCCGAGCUCACGAUUUCAUCCCCUCUUGAAGCACACAAGCCCCAGACCUUGGUCUUUGCAAUUACCGCCCUAGAUAUUGGGUAUGAAAACCCUAUCUUUGCGGCUCUUGAAGUCGAUUACUCCGAAUCUGACCAGGACCCAACCGGCCGGGCUUACGAAGAAGCUGAAAAGCUUCUCGUUUACUACGAGCUCGAUCUUGGUCUCAACCACGUUGUUCGCAAGUGGGCGGACCCUGUCGACCGGACUGCAUCCAUGCUCUUCCAAGUGCCUGGUGGAGCGGAUGGCCCUAGUGGUGUCUUGGUCUGUGGUGAGGAUACUGUGGCGUACCGACACUCGAACCAAGAUGCCUUCAAGGUACCAAUUCCUCGUCGCAAGGGCGCAACAGAGAAUCCAGAACGUAAGCGCCGCAUUACAGCGGGCGUAAUGCAUAAAAUGCGGGGAGCCUUCUUCUUUCUCUUGCAGACGGACGACGGAGAUCUUUUCAAGCUGACCAUCGACAUGGUGGAAGAUGAUAACGGCCAGCUGACUGGGGAAGUCAAGGCACUCAAAAUCAAAUACUUUGAUACAGUCCCACUUGCCUCAGCCUUGUUGAUUCUCAAGAGCGGUUUCCUCUAUGUCGCCAGUGAGGCUGGAAAUCAUCACUUUUACCAGUUUGAAAAGCUUGGUGACGAUGACGAAGAAAUCGAGUUCUGCAGCGAUGCCUUUUCUUCCGAUCCUUCUGUUCCCUGUGAGCCCGUUUUCUUUCAGCCUAGAGGUGCGGAGAACCUGAACCUCGUCGAGACUAUCAACUCCUUGAACCCCUUGAUCGACAGCAAAGUCGCGAACCUUUCAGAGGACGAUGCUCCUCAGAUUUUCACUAUCUCCGGUACGGGUGCCCGGAGCACUUUUAGGACCUUGAAACAUGGGUUGGAAGUCUCGGAGAUUGUUGAAUCUGAGCUCCCAAGCGUUCCUUCCGCGGUGUGGACAACAAAACUUACCCGAGCGGAUGAGUUUGAUGCAUAUAUCGUCUUGUCUUUCGCCAACGGCACUCUUGUUCUUAGUAUCGGGGAAACAGUGGAAGAAGUCACUGAUACUGGUUUCCUUUCGACUGCCCCCACGCUUGCAGUCCAACAACUUGGAGAAGACACCAUGAUUCAGAUUCACCCACGAGGCAUUCGUCAUAUCCUGGAAGAUCGACGAGUAAAUGAGUGGCCUGCGCCGCAGCAUCGUUCAAUCGUGGCGGCUGCAACAAAUGAGCGUCAGGUUGCAGUUGCGCUUAGUUCUGGUGAAAUUGUCUAUUUCGAGAUGGAUGCCGAUGGUUCCCUCGCCGAAUACGAUGAACGGCGGCAAAUGUCCGGCACAGUGACAUGUCUUAGUCUGGGCGAAGUUCCAGAAGGCCGUGUUCGAAGCUCCUUUUUGGCUGUCGGGUGUGAUGACUCCACCGUCCGUAUUUUGAGUUUGGAUCCAGACUCGACAUUGGAGAACAAAUCUGUUCAAGCUUUGACCGCCGCGCCGUCCGCUUUGAACAUUAUGUCAAUGUCUGACUCCAGCUCUGGGGGUACUACGCUCUAUCUCCACAUCGGUCUUCAUUCUGGUGUGUAUCUGCGGACCGUCCUGGAUGAGGUAACUGGUGAACUUUCAGACACUCGCACCCGUUUCUUGGGAUCUAAAGCUGUGAAGCUGUUCCAGGUUUCCGUCAAGGGGCAAACAGCUGUACUUGCUUUAAGCUCCCGGCCUUGGCUCGGUUACUCGGAUAUCCAGACCAAGGGCUUUAUGCUCACGCCUCUGGAUUACGUUGGACUUGAAUGGGGUUGGAACUUUUCAAGCGAGCAGUGCAUCGAGGGCAUGGUCGGUAUUCAGGGCCAGAACCUAAGAAUCUUUUCCAUCGAGAAACUCGAAAACAACAUGCUACAACAGUCGAUUCCCCUCGCAUAUACUCCCCGUCGUUUCCUAAAGCACCCCUCGCAGCCCCUGUUUUACGUGGCUGAGGCCGAUAACAAUGUCCUCUCACCAGCCACUCGAGCCCGGCUGCUGGAUGAUGCUGCCUCCCGUAAUGGUGACACAACUGUGCUCCCACCGGAAGACUUUGGCUACCCUCGCGGUGAUGGCCAUUGGGCUUCAUGCAUUCAGAUUGUCGAUCCAGUCGAUGCAAAGGCGGUGAUUGGAACAGUAGAAUUAGAGGAAAAUGAAUCUGCCGUCAGUAUUGCGGCUGUUCCUUUCACCAGUCAGGAUGAUGAAACAUUCUUAGUCGUUGGCACUGCGAAAGAUUUGACAGUCAAUCCUCCUUCCUCCGCUGGAGGCUACAUCCAUAUCUACCGCUUCCAAGAAGACGGAAGAGAACUCGAAUUCAUUCAUAAAACUAAGGUUGACGAGCCGCCUCUUGCUAUGCUUCCAUUCCAGGGUCGCUUGUUGGCUGGAAUUGGCUCAGUACUUCGCAUAUACGAUCUAGGUAUGAAGCAGUUGCUUCGUAAAUGCCAAGCUGCCGUUGUUCCCAGAACGAUUGUUGGUCUUCAAACCCAGGGCAGCAGAAUCGUGGUCAGUGACGUCCGGGAGAGCGUCACCUACGUCGUAUACAAGUAUCAAGAGAACGUCCUGAUUCCGUUCGUGGAUGAUUCCGUCUCACGUUGGGCUACCUCGACAACGAUGGUGGACUACGAGACAACUGCAGGAGGGGACAAAUUCGGAAAUCUCUGGUUACUCCGGUGUCCUAAGAAAACCUCCGACGAAGCAGACGAGGAUGGAUCAGGAGCUCAUCUUAUCCACGAGCGUGGCUAUCUCCAAGGCACUCCCAAUCGUCUGGAGCUCAUGAUCCAUGUUUACACCCAAGAUAUCCCCACGAGCCUUCAUAAGACGCAACUGGUAGCCGGAGGACGGGACAUUCUCCUGUGGACUGGCUUCCAGGGCACGAUUGGCAUGCUUGUGCCAUUUGUUAGCCGUGAAGAUGUCGACUUCUUCCAAAGUCUGGAAAUGCAGUUGGCCUCGCAAUGCCCUCCUCUUGCGGGCCGAGACCAUCUCAUCUACCGAAGCUACUAUGCACCCGUGAAGGGUGUUAUUGAUGGAGACCUAUGCGAAAUGUAUUUCCUUCUGCCUAAUGACACGAAGAUGAUGAUUGCUGCGGAACUUGAUCGCUCAGUCCGUGAAAUUGAGCGAAAGAUUUCUGAUAUGCGGACAAGAGUGGCGUAUUGAUUGGGCUUUUGGGCGUCCGGUACGGUAUACAAGGGCUUUAAUUCCCCAUAAUGUUGAUCUUGACUAGACUAGGUACCGAAUUAAUUGUGUACACUCCUGAG